CUCUUUGUCUGUCAACUUGUCUGUUCUCAGCUGCCUCAGCAAAGCAAUCAAGAUGGCUUUCGGAACUCUCUUCACCCGCGAGAACAACUGCCGUUCUACCGCCAUCCGCGCGGUCGCUAAGGCGAACGACAUCGAGCUCAACAUCGUCGAGGCCGAGAAGGGCAACGCUACUGUUGAGCACCUCAAGGCCAACGGUCUCGGCAAGAUCCCUGCCUUCAUUGGCGAGGAUGGCUUCGCUCUCUCCGAGUGCAUUGCCAUUGCCAUCUACAUCACCUCCCAGAACGAGAAGACCACUCUUCUCGGCAAGACCAAGCAGGACUAUGCUUCUAUCCUGAAGUGGAUGUCCUUCUUCAACUCUGAGGUCCUUCCCAGCCUCAUCGCUUGGUUCGGCCCCCUCAAGGGCGACGCUCCCUACAACAAGAAGAACGUCGAUGAUGCCUCCAAGGCUUCCUUGAAGGCUUUCUCCGUUGUCGAGGAGCACCUCAUCCGCAACACCUUCCUUGUUGGCGAGCGCAUCACCCUUGCCGACCUCUUCGCUGCUGGCAUCGCUGUCCGUGGCUUCCAGUACUUCUUCGACAAGCAGUGGCGCGAGGAGAACCCCGCCGUCACUCGAUGGUUCGAGACUGUCCGCGCUCAGCCCAUCUUCGCUGAGGUUGCUGAGAAGGUUGAGCUCCUCGAGACUCCCGCUCUUACCAACACUCCCCCCAAGAAGCCUGAGCAGCCCAAGAAGGAGGCCAAGAAGGAGGUCAAGAAGGAAGCUGCCCCCGCCGCUGAGGCUGCUCCCGCUUCUGAUGAGGCUCCUGCUGCCCCCAAGGCCAAGCACCCUCUUGAGGCUCUCGGCCGCCCCUCUUUCCCUCUCGAUGAGUGGAAGCGCCAGUACUCCAACAUCAAGGACCACAACGAGGCCAUGAAGUACUUCUGGGACAACUUCAACUUCGAGGAGUACUCCAUCUGGAAGGUUGACUACAAGUACAACGAGGAGCUUACCCUCACCUUCAUGUCCAACAACCUGAUCGGUGGCUUCAACAACCGUCUUGAGGGUUCCCGCAAGUACAUCUUCGGAUGUGCUGCCGUCUACGGCGAGAACAACGACUCUGUCAUCCAGGGUGCUUUCGUCAUCCGAGGCCAGGAGCACGUUCCCGCCUUCGAUGUCGCCCCCGAUUGGGAGAGCUACAACUUCGAGAAGCUCGACCCCACCAACCCCGAGCACCGACAGUUCGUCGAGGAUGCCUGGGGCUGGGAGAAGCCCAUCACCGUCAACGGCAAGGAGUACAAGCUUGCUGACGGCAAGGUCUUCAAAUAAACAAAUUAAAAAAAGGAAAAAGAAAACAAGAGCGAUGAUGAUAAUGGCUUAUGGUUAAAUGGUUGGGGAGGGUAAAUGAGUUUAUGAUAUUUUAUGCCUCAUGAAGGCCCUGCCGGCUGGCAAUUCCCUAUGUAGUACCCAAAAGAACGAAGAGCUGUCUGUUACUUAUAGACAAUUGAAAGGAUUUUUUUUGUGAGAUGAA